UUUAUUUUUGACUUCUUUUUGAAUCAUACAUAUUCAGAUAGAUUGUUCACCUGAUUCGGAUAUAAAGAUGAAUAGUUUAAACAAAUCAUUAAUUGUUGUGUUUAUUAUCUUGAUUAAAGCCGAUUCCUGCGUCUCUCAGCCGAGUUGUUUCGCAAACUGCGCUUUAUGUGAAAAUUCAACCGUGUGCACAUCAUGUGAAUCGGGAUACUUCUUAUGGUCAGCUUAUGAAUGUACAGCGUGCAAGUACGUAGGAACAAAUUGUGUUACAUGCAGUAAUUACACACUUUGUAACGAAUGUAGGCCAGGAUUCUGGGGCACCACUUGUCAAACAUUUUGUUCUAAAGGUUGUAACACAGAAUUCUGUAACUCGUUUGAUGGAACAUGUACUUGUACACAAGGUUUUUAUGGACCUACAUGCCAAUACAUGUGCUCGGAUAACUGCCUUACUAACACGUGUGGGGUUAACGGUGAAUGUGAAUGCAAAGACGGGUAUUAUGGAAAUCAGUGUAAUGGAAUGUGUUAUUCUGGUUGUGAGAAAUGCUCUAAUGGCUCAUCUUGCUCUAUGUGCCCAUCUGGAAAAUACGGAACAAAUUGUGGUGUUUCGUGUGAAUGCAAUGGAAGAUGCGAUUUUCUUACUGGUGAGUGUAUACAUGUAACGUGUCCUAAAACGUGUGCAUCAUGUAGAGAAAGUGAUCAGUGCAACGAGUGUACUUUCGGUUGGUUUGGUGUACGAUGUAACAACACCUGUUCUGGUAAUUGUAAUGGGGGUUGUGAGCAAUAUUCCGGAUAUUGCAAUGCAUGCUAUACUGGCUACGGUGGAACAGAAUGUGAUAUUCAAUGCAAUUACUGUCGUAACGGUAACUGCAAUAGAGACGGGGAGUGUACAUCGUGUUAUAAUGGCAACUAUGGGCCACUAUGUAAUAACAAAUGUUCUGAGGACUGUGUUGGCAAUACCUGCAACCAAAAAGAUGGGUCGUGUCAACUGACGGUUCAGUGUCCUGUGAAGUGCGUCAGUUGUACGGACAACGUUACAUGCACUGAAUGUAAGAACACUUAUUACGGAUUUAUGUGUACAUUUAAAUGCAGCAGUACAUGCAAGGGUGGAACCUGUGAUAUAGAAUCUGGCCGUUGUGAGAAUUGCGAGACAUCACAUUAUGGGGACUUUUGCGAAAAUAUCUGCUCUCAGAACUGUGCAGGUUCUCUAACAGAAUCAAAAUGCGACUCAACAGGAAAGUGCAGCCGCGGAUGUAUUGAUGGUUUCAUUGGCGAUACCUGUACUUCAGAAGCCGAAAAGCAGCAAACCGUUCGAGCGGAAGAGGAUACUAGCUCUGGUUCGGUCAUCGUUGGAGCGGUCUGUGGUGCCCUUGGUUUGUGUGUUGUUUUAGCUCUGGUGGUAAUGCUUGUCAUUAAAAAGAAAGGGCUUAUAAGGAAAGAGAGGAAGAAGACGUAUGAAGACAUAUUGCCAGAAGUAGGCCAAAAUGAACCGUACACAACUUUAGAAGUCACACAAACGACCGAGUAUGAAAUACCCGACUCCGAAUCGCGGUCUGGGUUGAGCAUGGAAAGUAAAGACACCGGGGUAUACUACAAUAAUGAAAAUGCCUACUACAAGAAUGUUGGUGGAAAUGUUCAGAAGACAUGAGUAUCUACACCAACAAUUAAAAUACAGUGGUUUUGUUUAUUGGUCUAUAACUUGUCACAGCUGUUUAGUUUUGCACAAUAAAAUAUUGGUAUAUCA